AAAGUAAACAUUGGAUGAAUUUUGAGCAUUUUAUUCAUGAUUGUUAUGUUAGUGGCACGUCAGUGGGAACAAAAGAGUGAUAGGAACUGCGGGAUUUUACUCGGCAAAUAUCAUGGCAUUGUGAUGUAUGAAGACUGAUGAACAAUUGUGCUUCACUACAACCGUUAGAGAAGACAUGUUGGAAAAGAGAGUCAUAAGUUAGACGGAGGACUCUUCGUUGAAUGAUAGUGACUAAAUGACGUCUUCUUUGGACUUCUUGUUGUAUGAUACUGACUAAGUACCGUCUUCUGUGGACGUCUUGUUGUAUGAUAGUGACUAAAUAACGUCUUCUUUUGGACUUCUUGUUGUGUGAUACAAACUAAAUAGCGUUCUCUGUGGACUUCUUGCUGUAUGAUAGUAACUAAAUAACGUCUUCUGUGGAGUCCUCGCUGUAUGAUUUUGAAUAAAUAACGCCUUCUCUGGACUCGUCGUUGUAUGAUACUGACUAAAUAACGUCUUCUGUGGUUACAUCGUUGUAUGAUACUGACUUAAAACAUUGUUUGUGCAAUUUCGAAACUUUCACUAAAGUUCAACGAAGACUCCGUAGAACCUUUUUUACAUGGCAACACAAGGGCAUCAUUUCCAAGCCUUAGAGAUGUCAGAGGACAACGGGGACGCGCGGAAAAGGGGUCAGGACCCUAAUGACCCCGGCCCUGGAUACACCACAGGGCGCAGCAGCAGCGACGACAGCGGCAGUCUCGGUUGCUGUGGUUACGUGUUGUGGUUCCUCUCCCUGUUGAUCAUCAUCGUUACACUGCCAUUCUCGCUGUGCCUUUGCAUCAAGGUGGUUCAGGAGUACGAACGCGCAGUUAUCUUCAGGUUAGGGCGUCUUCUUUCAGGAGGCGCCAAGGGACCAGGUCUAUUUUUCAUCGUCCCAUGCAUAGACUCGUACACGAAGGUUGAUCUGCGGACAGUCUCUUUUGAUGUCCCUCCGCAGGAAGUGCUGACCAAGGACUCCGUAACGGUGGCAGUGGACGCUGUGGUCUACUACCGCGUACACAACGCCACCACCUCCAUCACAAACGUCGAGGACGCUAACCGGUCGACGCGCCUCCUGGCGGCAACCACGCUACGCAAAGUGCUGGGAACAAAGGACCUCAGCGAGAUCCUGGCGGACCGGGAGGCCAUAAGCCAUCAGAUGCAGACGUCCCUUGACGAAGCCACGGGCCCCUGGGGUGUGAAGGUGGAGCGGGUGGAAGUGAAGGACGUGCGGCUGCCAGUUCAGCUACAGCGCGCUAUGGCUGCGGAGGCGGAGGCCGCUCGUGAGGCUCGAGCCAAGGUGAUAGCAGCGGAGGGCGAACAGAAGGCGUCGCGGGCACUCAAGGAGGCUGCUGACGUCAUAGCACAGUCCCCGGUCGCCAUUCAGCUGCGUUACCUGCAGACGCUGAACACGAUAUCGGCGGAGAAGAACUCCACCAUCAUAUUUCCGCUUCCUAUCGACUUCAUGCAGUCCUUUAUCAAUAGAAACAAUAGUAAAUAGACUGCGAUUUCGAUAACGCGAGUGAGCAUUUAUCAUUGAAUAAGUUGCGUUCUAGUAAAACUUGACAUAACCCAUGUGAAGUCCACACAGGCUAAUCUGAGGCGACACUUUCCGCUUUUACGAUAUUUCCGCUCAAAGGAAGUUUCUUAUUAGCAUGCAUUAGCGUAUGAUGCAUUAAGACCAGUUUUCCCAGAACGCGGCUCGAACAACCUGCGGGCAUUCAUUGAAAACUAGUCCUUGCUGGUCGAAUUCGAUACAUCAUAAAACAGCGAGAAGCUUAGAGCUUAUAAAACCUCUUGCUUGCCACAGACAUUAUUCAUUUUCAUGAACUAGGGAAACUUCAUCCAACAGUAAGCGUAUGGAAUACAUGGGACACAGCAACGUAUUCAAAGAACGAUCUUUUGUCAUUUCUCCAUAAUGAAUAUCUUCUCAUUUCCAUAAGGCGCCUUUAACAUGGCAUUGGUUUCUACUCGAGCGCUUCAUGCAAUCAAACGCCUCUCUAUACCGCCUCUCUAUACCGCAUACUAAGAGUAUCAUCUCAGUUCCAUAGAGUCGUCUGCUACAUCGGGUCGGUUUUCUUCUUGAAAACUUCAUGCGAUUAAAGGUCAUCCAUACCAUAUCACUUCUCAUCAUCCCGUUGCAUGAGGUCGCCUAAAAAUGUGAUUGGUUUUUUAGAGGAAUUCUCAAUGUCAUUAAAGGCCUUUUUCAUACCGCAUCUUAUAUUAGUUCCAUGAAGUCAACAUGGGAUCGAUUUCACCUGGAAUGCUUGCUGCCAUUAUUGCAGUUACGAUAUUCAUACAGUGGGUUCAUACUCUUAUGUGUGAAUUUUAUAAAUCGCAAACAAAUGAAACUUGAGAGACAUAAUUGAUAACUUUAUAUUCAUUGUUGUAUAGUCAUGUUCAAUUGUGUGAUUUUUUUAAACUGUACUUUCAUGGACAUAAGUUUCGAUCAAUUUAGGUAGUAUUAAAUCCAAUCUCAAUGUAGUUAAAACUCCGAAUCUAUAACUAUUUUUUUACAGAACGAGAUGAUUUAUGUACUAUUAAUUAUUGAAAUGGUACUUUAUUGUCUAACAAUAAUUGGAUAUUGAUGUAUUUCUUUAAAGUUAUUGCUGUUCAUUCGACCGUUUAAAAAGUGACGUGUGGUGGAUAUAUUUUGUACAGCGCUUGCCUCGUUUCGGCUUUUUACUGUACCGUAUAUCGUCUAUACAAGUAAUGGUAACUUUAAAUGUGCUCAUUUUCAGUGAUUAUAAUACAUGUGUGUUCAGAUAUAUAAAAAUGUUUUUAAUCACUAUGUUUUUAAUUAUAAUUUCUUUAAAUAUUUAACGCUGAUAUUUGUUCAUGUUACGGUUGCAGUGAACUAUUUUUUAACAAUCUUGCUAGGUUUGUAUGUUCGUGUAUCUAUGAAGAUUAUGUAUAUUUGCGUAUUUAUCGUAUAUAUCCAUCUUGACUUUAUACCUGCAGCAUCUCUUAACAUUAUUUGGUCAAUAAAUAUUGGGCUGGUGUA